UACCUGGCAUUGUGUAAUGGCCUUAACACUGCUUACUGCCAUUGUAGACGAGCCUCUACAGUUCAGCUAUAAAGGACAGACUUGAGGUUUCUUUUCAGUACAGAGCUCAUUUAUUGUGACGGGGGAUUUUAUCAUUUGAUAUUACGUCUGUUAUAUUGUGAAUAAAUCCGUGAAUUGACAAUGAGUUAUCAUAGAGGUGGUGGUAACAAGCCAAAAGGAUUUGGUUUUGCUGGUUUUCAAAUGGCUGGAACAAAAAGAAGUGGUACUAAUAUACCUCCUCCACCACCAAAUUCUGCUUUAAGUAAACAAGGUUAUCAUACAAUGUCUGCUAUUACGGAAAAUGCUUUAUCUGCUUCCUGGGGCAUGCCUAAGAAACGUAGCAAAACAGAAGAAGAAUAUUUUGAGGAUGACGAUGAACUUCCAACUUCUUCAUUAGAAUAUAUACCAGCACCUGGUUCUCCUACAUAUGAUUUGAUGAAGAAAACAGCAACAAAAAGUGAAAGUGACAGUGAAGAGGAUCCCUUAGAUGCUUUUAUGGCAGGUAUCGAUGCUGAAGUAAAACGAAAUAAUUCUUUGGCUCAAUGUGAUGUUGAUCGCAAAGAAGAUAAAUCUAAAGGAUUUAGGGCAGAUAUUGAUGGAGAAGAUGAUGAAGAAAGUUAUUAUAGAUAUAUGGAAGAAAAUCCAACUGCUGGUUUGCAACAAGAAGAAUCUGAUCAAGAAAUUGAUUAUGACGAAGAUGGUAAUCCUAUUGCUCCACUGAAGAAGAAGGAAAUCGAUCCAUUACCUCCAAUUGGUCAUAGCAAAAUAGAUUAUGAAUCAUUUGAGAAGAAUUUUUACAAUGUACAUGAAGAAAUUGCAAAUUUAAACAAGCAGCAAGUUGACAAUUUAAGAAAAACUUUAGGUAUAAAAGUAUCUGGACCAUCACCACCAAAUCCAGUUACUAGCUUUGGACAUUUCGGAUUCGACGAUGCGCUAAUGAAAGCUAUUCGUAAAAAUGAGUUUACUCAACCAACGCCUAUUCAAGCACAAGCAGUACCGGCUGCUUUAAAUGGACGAGAUAUAAUAGGUAUAGCAAAAACAGGUAGUGGUAAAACAGCCGCAUUUAUUUGGCCAAUGUUAGUGCAUAUCAUGGAUCAACGUGAAUUGAAAGCUGGUGAUGGGCCUAUUGGUCUCAUUCUGGCGCCAACCAGAGAAUUAUCCCAACAGAUCUAUCAAGAAGCAAAGAAAUUUGGGAAGGUUUAUAAUAUUCAAGUAUGUUGUUGUUACGGAGGUGGCAGCAAAUGGGAGCAAAGCAAAGCAUUAGAGAGUGGUGCAGAAAUUGUAGUUGCUACUCCUGGUAGAAUGAUUGAUUUAGUUAAGAUGAAAGCAACAAAUUUAAUUAGAGUUACAUUUUUGGUUCUAGAUGAAGCUGACAGAAUGUUUGAUAUGGGAUUUGAACCGCAAGUACGAUCUAUAUGCAAUCAUGUGAGACCCGACAGACAAACGUUAUUAUUUAGCGCGACAUUUAAAAAAAGGGUUGAAAAGUUAGCUAGGGAUGUUUUAAUGGAUCCUGUUAGAAUAGUGCAAGGAGACGUUGGUGAAGCUAAUACUGACGUGACGCAACACGUAAUUAUGUUUCACAAUCCUGGUGGUAAAUGGAACUGGUUGCUGCAGAACUUGGUUGAAUUUUUAAGUGCUGGCAGUCUCUUAAUUUUCGUUACCAAGAAGCUGAAUGCAGAAGAACUUGCGAACAACUUGAAACUAAAAGAAUUUGAUGUAUUACUUCUACAUGGUGAUAUGGAUCAAAUUGAAAGAAAUAAAGUGAUUACAGCUUUUAAGAAGAAGGAUGUCAGUACUUUAGUUGCUACUGACGUUGCUGCACGAGGUUUGGACAUUCCACAUAUUAAGACUGUCAUCAAUUAUGAUGUAGCACGAGAUAUCGAUACACAUACGCACAGAAUAGGAAGAACAGGUCGUGCAGGUGAGAAGGGUACAGCAUAUACCCUUGUAACGGAAAAGGAUAAGGAGUUCUCCGGACAUUUAGUAAGAAAUUUAGAAGGAGCAAACCAAGAAGUACCAAAAAGUUUAAUGGACUUGGCCAUGCAAAGUGCAUGGUUCAGGAAAUCGAGAUUUAAAGGGGGAAAAGGGAAAAGUAUAAAUGUUGGUGGUGCUGGACUUGGUUUUAGAGGCAGACCUGAUUCGUCGGGUUUGAGUGGAUCAUCGUCUCAAACAUCUAAAGAUAUUAGCGACGUUGUGAAGAAACUAGAAAGGCAUGGACCAGGUAGCGAUAGACUCUCUGCUAUGAAAGCUGCUUUUCGAAGUCAAUACAAUUCUCAAUUCCGAGCAUCAUCAGAUCACACGUGGGAACAAACAAUUACUCCGCCGUCAGUAAUAAUGCCUCCACCGCCAACUAUCCCACCACCAAAAUCCAUACCACAAGACAACCAAACCUGUAAUUCUGUAGGGAUAGAGAAGAGUGAACGUAAGAGAGUGCGAAAGAGUCGGUGGGAAUGAUCAGAUAAAUGUAUCAUUAUUUGUGUAUACUAUAUAGUAAUUAUAAUGCAAUGCAAACUAUAAAAAAA